AUGGUUUUGGAGCCGGAGGCCUUGUCCCGCUCGGAGAGGCAUGCUCAGCUCCACAAGCAGCACACGAAGGGACACUGGGGAGUGGAGCUGGGAGGUGACCCCCGAGCUGUGACCGCAGCACUGAAGCAGCUGGCAAGGCGUGGAGUGGAUCUCUCUGAAGUCCUCCUUUCCAUGCAGAGAACGACGAUUCAAGCCAAUGUUUACCACUACAACACAGCCAUCUCAUCUUGCCAGGGAUCUUCCUGGCAGUCGGCACUGCGCUUGCUGAGUCGGAUGUCCGCGUGCCUUGUGAAUGCCGACGCAGUUAGCCAGAACGCGGCGAUGGCGGCAGUCGGGCCUGUCUGGGAGCGGGCCGUCACCCUCUUCUGUGACAGCCACAAGGAGUCGGUGGCGUUCAACAGUGUCUUGUCUGCCUGGGGUAAGGCCGGCAAAUGGGAGCUGGGACACAGAGCGUUGAGCCAAAUGCAGUGCCUUCGUGUGCAACCAGAUCACAUCAGUUUCACGUCGUGCCUGGAUGCAAGCGGGCGAGCAGAUUGCUGGAGAGGGUCCUCGUUCCUGUUGAGGCAGAUGUCGCGGCAAGGCGUCCGUGCUGACGUGGUUGCAUGGAACUGUGCUAUCUCUGGACAGAGCUGGCAGCCAGCCUUAGAAGCGUUGGCAUCCAUGCCUUCUCAGGCUCUGGCUCCCGAUCGAGUGAGCUAUGGCUCAGCCAUCAGCCGAUGUGGCCAGAGCACCCAGUGGCAACAUGCCUUGGCAACGAUGAGGUGCAUGAACAGCCAUGCAUGCCCACACGUAUCGCUCGUCACCUACCAUGCUGCUAUCAGCGCUUGCGAGGCUCAGUGGCCUUUGGCCAUUGGUCUCCUUGCCGCCUUGUGCGGCGCCCGGCUGGCGGAGGUGGUGACGUACAACUCCUCGGCCAGUGCCUGUCAAAAGGCACUCCAAUGGCUGCAGGCACUGGAGACGUUGCAGAGCAUGUCGGGAGCCUCACUUCGGAGUGAUUGCUUCAGUUGCAGCACUGCGCUGGGUGCCUGCCGCGACUACUGGCAGCUGGCUCUCAUGCUUGUCGAGGGGAUGGGCCAGAAAGACCUCCCUCCCAAUGCCGUUGCACUCAACGCAUUGACCAGCGCUGUUGGCCAGGGUGGGCGCUGGCGGCUGGCACUGGGGGCCGUGGACGGGGGCGAUUGCUUCACCUACGCUGCAGCUAUCAGCGCCUGCGAGAAGGCCCGCGAAUGGCAGAGUGCGCUCUCGCUCCUGUGGCAAAUGCAGGCAGCAUCCCUCCCGGCGGACGCCGUGUGCUUCACUGCCGCCAUCAGCGCCUGCGAGAGCGCCGGGCGCUGGCAGCACGCGGCCCUGCUCUGGGAGUCCAUGGCCGCGAGCCGCGCCCAGGGCAACGUGAUUUGUUACAACGCAGCCAUCAGUGCCUUUGGCUCAGCGGGGCGGUGGCAGCUGUCGCUGGAGCACUACCGCUUACUGCGCUCUGCAUUGCCGCCUGAUCAAGUCAGCUGCGGUGCGUUGAUGGAUGCGGUUGCAAAAGGAGGUCUCUGGGAGCGGAGCCUUGCUGUUCUUUCAUCCAUGGCGAGAUUGAGGCUCGUGCCGGACAUCUUCAACUACAAUAUCGCUCUAGAGGCAUCCGGCGACUGGCAGCAAGCAGUGGGGCUGCUGGGAUGCAGAGAAGGAGGCAGUCCACCGAACGGGAUCACAUACUCGAACGCCAUGACGGUGCUCGCAGUGCACGGGCGCUGGAAGCUGGCCCUCGGCAUGGCCCGCCGCAUGCGCGGAGACAGAUGCCACAGCGAGAUCGCACAUGGCUCGGCUCUCAAUGCUUGCGAGAAGGGUCAACAGUGGCAGACUUCCCUGAAGAUGCUGCGAUGGAUGGCGCAACAAAGCAUCGAGACAAACGAGAUCUGCUACCGGGCAGUGAUCAGUGCGUCCGAGCAAGAAGACCAGUGGCCGGUGGCGCUGAUGUUGCUGCUGGACCCGUCCACACCCGCCGGUGCCGCUGUGAACUCCGUGGCGGAAAUCUCCCCGCUCUCCGCCUCCGAGGCGGUGCAGGCGUCCUGGAGGUGGAGUCGGAUCCGACGCCACAGCGGCAGGCUGCCGCUGCCUGAGCUGCCGGCGCAGAGGCUGUCUGAGGAUCAACUUCCUCGCCUCACCUUGCAGGAGCUGAGCGUCCUCGCCUGGUCGAUGGCGUCCUCGGAAAGCUCGGAGAGCUCAGCAAGCUUUGGGCACACCUGGGACGCCCUCCUCCAAGAGGUCCGCAUCCGGCUGCAGAGCGGGGAGGAGCGGCGGCUCCCGAUGCGGGCGCUGGCGACGUUGGCCUGGUCCAUGGCUGCGUCGCCCGAGCCUGGGCUUUUCGAUGUCUUCGGUGCGAUGCAGAGGGAGCUCGCCAACCGGGUGCCUCUUCUUCGAGGUAGAGAGGCCAGGAGCUCGAGCACAGACAUGCUGGAGGUUCUCUGGGCUUCCAACUUUGCGGGUUACCUACAGCUGCGCAGCCUGCCGCCUGUGUGGGACGCUCUCCAACGUGUGGCGCGGGCUUUGGACGGCUCAACCGUCUCUGGCGUCUCGCAGUUGCCCUCGCAGUCCUCGCAGCCACGCCUUUCCCGCCAUGACCGCCUUGCCCUGCUGCGCCAGCCUCCAAAUCCAAGCGCGCCUGAGGUCGUGAUUGAACUCUGGGACAGACUCGUGAUCCACAAGCCGCCGGGGUGGCAGGUCGAUGAGUCUGGAGAUGCCUCUGGCAAGCCCCUUUCGCAGUACGUGCAGCAGCUCCCCAACCAUCGCAACCUGCCUAUCCACCAUGAUGAGUCUCACCAGCGAGGAUUCCUGCAUCGUUUGGAUGUGCCAAGCUCCGGAAUGAUCCUGGUCGCUUCUACUUACUCUGCCUACUACGAUCUUCAAUUUCAGCUCUCCUCGGGGAUCUUGAUCCGAGACUAUGCUGUCCUGUCACAUGGCUGGUGGAGUGCUGACCGUGGGGUCAUUCGCGCGUCAGUGACCUGGGCCGAGACUGGCGCCCAGAAGGACAGCCCAAGCCGCAUUACACCCGGUAAGAACUCCGAGACAAACCUCAAGGUCCUCAGCCACUCUGUGCGCAUGGGAAGCACACUGUCCCUUCUGGCAAUUCGGAUUGGCACCGGGCGGAAGCAUCAGAUCCGGGUUCACACCGCGCAUGCCGGACACGCCACCGUGAGCGAUGGUAUGUAUUCUGCUGCAGAGACGUACGCCUCCGAUCAGGAUUGGUGCCGGCGGAUAUUCCUGCACCGGUACCACCUAGCGUUCCGGUCAAGUGCCUUGCAUGGAGAAGACUUCGAGGCCAAUGGUGCAUUGCCGCCGGAUCUGCAGGACAGCCUUCAGAUGGCACAGGUCGUUCGACCCUCCUCCCAAAGGGCAAGGUCGGUGCGCUUCGCCUCCCUGCCACCAUGGCACAUGUGCUCACAGUUUCACAGUUGA